UAACCAAGGCUACCCUAGUCUGUAUAUAUAUAUAUUUGAAUAAAAACUUGCUAUUAUGUGGGAUAUACCAAACAUGCAAGAUAAUGAUGACGAGGAUGAUAUACCCAUUGGUAAUUUGUUUGCAAGAAGGAUGUUAUCCAGGCCCACAACAACAAGAAGUUACAGAAAUCCAAAGUCGUCAAACAACUCCGUAACUGACUAUGCUGAUCAAGAUUUGUCAAGUGAGAUCAAUGCCAUAAUUGGUGGCGCCCCAGUUAUUGAAACAAAAUGUAGUUGCAAAGGUUCCUGCCAAAAAAGGUGUGACUGUCGUAAAAUUGGGGUAAAAUGCACAGUUGGAUUUUGCCUAUGUGAUCCAUGUAAAUGCAAAAACUUCAGAGAGCAGGCUGCUGUAGUUAGUUCAAAUUUAGUAGAUGGGAAUAGUUACAAUGAUACAACUAGUAAUGGAUCAACAGAACCAGAAGAUGCAGUGGAAAAUAUUUCCUGUAAGUGCAAAGGUCGUUGUAUCCGAUGUCCUUGCAGAAAUAAUGGCAGCAAUUGUGAUGAUCAGUUUUGUGCUUGUGACAUAACAAAAUGUAAAAAUAAAAACGAAAUAGUAAGUACCAGCACAUUUCUGUGUAUAAUACCUAUAAAACAAAAUAUAAAAAAGUGUUAAUAAGUAUUUAUAUGUGUAUAUGGAAUAUGGUAGGUCACAUCCAGUAGAAAACGAAAAUAUAUUAGACCAGCUGAUGUUGGUGAUUUAUUAUCAAAAAGAUCAGCAGACACAAAGGAUGAAUGU